GAAAUAUAAUCUAAACAAUUCUAUUUUGUAGAAUAUACAUCUUGUGGUUGCGUUAUACAUGUACGUCAAACAGGAAUUGAUUACCUGAAAAAGCACUAUAAACAGCAAUUUAUUUUUUUUAGUAACAUAAUCUCUCAAUUUAGUGGGUCCAAACUACCCAUGAGAUUACAAAGCUCUUCUAGGCGAGGUAGUAAAGAUAUGCGGGUAUAACAUAUCAGAAAGUUUGAAUAGAGCGCUCUGGCGAUUACGAGAGGAACGUACCGCAGAAUAGGAAAUCGAAACAGUCACUUAUUGUAAUUUUUGCGCUAAUUAUAGGUAGUUCAUUACUUAAGUGGACCCAUUUCCCAUAUUUCGGCUCGCUCGUCACAAUAUUUAAAUCUAUUAAAAUCUUUGGGUUUGUCAAACACAACAGUGACAUUGAUCGUUUUCUGGACAGACGGCUUCUCUAAUUACGCUCCAUUGUCGCUUGUCAUAAUCAAGACUGUGACCUAAGAUUAAACCUAGGUACUUAAUUUUUUCUCCAUUUCGAUGUCUUAAGAAUUUAAUACAAUAAGAGAGUUAUCAAUAUUAAUUCAUAAAUCUUCUAAACGCUAUAUUUUCUGCAAUGUCUAGUAAUACAGUGCAACCCUAGAAAGUAAGGUAUUUUGUGAGUAAUCCAGUUUGACAUUUUUUUCUGUUUGUUAUAAGCGUUCUUUUAUAAAAUAAUUUAGCGUCCAUAAAUACCUUAGUUACCGUAGAAACCUGCCACUUAUUAAAUCAAUAACGGGCAUAAAUAUUUUUCUGUGAUCAGCAGCGUUUAAUAUCGAAUUAAAAUAAUGUUUUGGGGUUUAACUCCUGCUCUAGAUUUAUUAAACGAAUUCGGUAUACCAUGCGAUAAACAAAUUAACAUACUCUUAGUUGGAGGUACAGAUUGUCGACACGUUUUGACAACAUUGGCUAGAAGAUAUCGACACCAACAGGUUAAAAUCGACUUUUAUUUGAUGGAAGCUUGCAUGGAAACGGUCGCCAAACAACUUCUUCUGCUGAACACAGCCCUGCAACCUGAAAGUUCGAUCGGUCUCAAUCAGAAGACCAAAAUCUACAUGGAUCUUUACGGAAACGCUUUGUUAAGGCCUUCCGCUGCCAGAUACCUUACAAAUUUGGCACACGAUUUGCUCAGAAUGAUCACCGACUAUGACUAUCUAAAGAAAAAAAUGAGCAUCGUAACAUUAAAUUUGAAGUACAAGGAGAGGGACUUCAUCGAAAAUUUACUUAAAUUUUGGUGCUCGAAGAAUGAAUUUAAUAUCGUUGAUUGCUGGGAUAGAAGGUUGAGAAAGGAUUUAGGUGUGAGGUACGACUCGAAAUUGGGCGCAUUCGACUGGGACCUGCAUAUGCGCCUACAUGAGGUGGGGGGAAAACAAAUCUGCGCCCAAGAAUAUCGCAGUUUCCGGCUCAAUGGAGUCGCUUUCUCUUGGCUCGAAUCGGAAGUAUCCAAACCGAACCGGAGCUUAGUCUGCGCAGUGGUACCGAACGGCGAACGCUUCGGGCAUUACGGUUACCUAGGGGACAUUACCGUCGGUCCUUUCGUCGCUUACGGAUUGCAAUGCGAAGACAAAAGUUUUGCACAGUCCAGGAACGGCCAAAACGCAUAUAGGGCCACCGAUCUGACCGACAGGAAUUUAAAGCAAAUAUUCUACGAAAUUGAGCACCAAAUGAGAUACGAACACACGAAAACGAAUGACUUUCACCUGGGUGGUACCGUCCUGAAACAGGCAAACCUUGUCUUGGACGUUGGGGCUGUCGAACCGACGCCAAACUCUAACAGGAAAUGCCUGGCGCCUGACGAUGUGACCAUCAACUUUUUGUCCAUUGAUAUUUUAAAUAGGAUGGUGACUAACGAGAAAUAUGAUCGAUUUUUCGAUAUCGUUUAUUUUGCUAGCAAUUACGUAAAAUAUAUCGAUCGUUGCACAGUUCAAAAAAUAACCAAGUCCGGCGGAUGGGUAGUUGUCGAAAACCCGGUGUUUAUAUUGAGCAAUCGAAAAAAGGAUUUGGACGAGUAUGCCAGAAUCAUAAACGACCAAAUGCCAACAGAACAUUUUAAAAAAAUUGAAUGUGACAUCGAGCGAGAUUGUUAUUUUAAGUAUACGGUUCGACGUGAUACCUGAAUAAAUAAAAAUAAAAUUUUUUUUUUCAAUGCAUGUUUCCAUCAUAAUAGUUCAAAAAGUCAAAAACUGAUGCGCGAGGGUCUCUUUAUUAUCUUAAAAUUGAUAGGAAGGGGACAAGUUAGUGGAACAAAGGGCAAAAGAAAACAAAAACUUAGAUCUAUUCAAGCUACUGGAAAUUUGUAUAUACUACCAUUAACCAUUUAUAUAGUUACUUUAAUCUCUGUUGACAAAGCUUGUCGCUUUCUAGUGCUUUUAUUUCUCCAAAGGUUAAAUUUGUCAAAGAGCGGAACUCAGGAGAUACUGCAAAUUUCUACUGUACAGUAUUUGUACUCUAAAUUAAAAUCUAUUUGUUUGGUCGCAUGUCAAAAAGAAAACAGUAGUCGGCGAGGGAAAGAAGAUAAGUGUUUUUAGAUUAGAGGAAGAGGCAAAUCUAAAUCUGCUGAAGUGUUCUUA